UUGGCCAAAACCCUGCUCCCCGUCCCAAAAACAAAAGGAAAACGAAAUCUCGCCAUCGUUUCUCAGAACGGGCCAUUCCCCUACGCCGCCGCCACUCCUAGCCGCCGUCGGACGAGAACAUGCUCGACAUCAACCUCUUCCGCAAGGAGAAGGGCGGCGACCCUGACCUUGUACGCAAUUCGCAGCGCAGCCGCUUCGCCUCCGUCGAGCUCGUCGACGAGGUCAUCGUGCUCGACGAGGAGUGGCGCCAGAGGCAGUUUGAGCUUGACAAGAUCCGGCAGGAGCUCAACAAAACCAGCAAGGAGAUCGGGAAGCUCAAGGCCAAAAGGCUGGAUGCAACGGUGCUGAUACAGAGCACAGAAGAGAUUAAGAGCAGAUUGGCCGCCAAGGAGACGGAGGUGCAGGAUGCCAAGAGCACCCUCGAUGCCAAGCUCGUCACCAUUGGCAACCUCGUGCAUGAAUCUGUGCCCGUCAGCAACGACGAGGCAAACAAUGCUAUUGUACGUACAUGGGGAGAAAGGAGGUUGGAGGGGAACUUGAAGAAUCAUGUGGAUCUUUGCAUAAUGCUUGACAUUGUAGCUCUGGAGAAGGGUGCUGAUGUAGCUGGUGGAAGAGGUUACUUUUUGAAGGGUAAUGGUGUCCUCCUGAACAUGGCGUUGAUAAAUUUUGGGCUAGCAUUCCUGGGCAUACGAGGCUACACUCAAAUGCAAACUCCUUUUUUCAUGAGAAAGGAAACUAUGGCAAGAUGUGCCCAGUUGGCCCAAUUUGAUGAGGAGCUUUACAAAGUAACAGGAGACGGAGAGGAAAAGUAUCUCAUAGCUACAUCCGAGCAACCACUGUGUGCUUACCAUCUAGGUGACCGGAUCUAUCCUGCCGAUUUGCCAAUUAGAUAUGCUGGGUACUCGACCUGCUUCCGGAAAGAAGCUGGUUCGCACGGGAGGGACACAGCUGGCAUAUUCAGAGUCCACCAGUUCGAGAAGAUUGAACAGUUCUGUGUUACAAGUCCAAAUGACAAUAAUUCCUGGGAAUUGCAUGAAGAGAUGAUUAAAAAUUCAGAAGAUUUUUAUAAGGAGAUUGGCCUACCAUAUCAACUUGUUUCGAUUGUGUCUGGUGCUCUUAAUGAUGCUGCAGCUAAGAAGUAUGAUCUGGAAGCAUGGUUCCCAGCAUCCAAAACCUACAGAGAAUUAGUGUCCUGUUCGAAUUGCACAGAUUAUCAAGCAAGGAGGCUUGGAAUAGGCUUUGGCCAGAAAAAGAAUGAUGAGCAAUCCAAGCAGUUUGUUCAUAUGUUGAAUUCUACACUGACUGCAACUGAGAGGACCCUCUGCUGUAUUCUGGAGAACUUCCAGAAGGAGGAUGGUGUUGAAGUGCCAAAGGCACUGCGACCAUUCAUGGGUGGAAUAGAUUUCCUUCCUUUCAAGAAACCUCUUGAUAGCAAACAAGCUGCUGACUCCAAACCCAAUAAGUCUAAACCUAAGGGAAAUGCUGCUUGAGCUGUAAAGAGGGCCAGACUGGAACUUAUUUUCGUCGGGCAGAUAUGCAUCCUUUUAUUAAGCUGUUGUUGGUAUGUAGCAUGAUCAUGAUGUUAAAGCUUUGGUGUCCCAUCUUGGAUGCUUGGUUACAACAUUAUUCAAUCCAGGAUAUUUACACACAAUUUACCACAAAUAUUAGAGGUUAUGGUGACUUUUUGUGUUACGCUAAUUGAUUGAUUCUAGAUUCCCACUAUAAAAGUGUAAAAUGUUUAAAAGUUAAUUUAUUUAUUCAAAUGA